AUGAGAACGACAGAUAAGAAACAAAAUGAUAAGAUUGUUCUGGUACAAACAAGUGCGGAUGCAGAUAGAACUAAUACUGAUUUAGAAGAUAAUCUUAUAACAUCAGUAAUGUCGCCACAAACUGGGAAGUUGGUUAAUAUUACAGCGGAUGGAGAUGUAGCUAUGAACUACGCUGCGGGCGAAAAAGAAGUUGAGAUGGAUGAAGCAACGAAUAGAAGGAUUCUUCGUAAAAUUGAUAUGUAUUUGAUGCCAGUUAUGUGUUUAUUAUACUGCUUUCAAUUUAUUGACAAGAUGGCCAACUCAUUUGCAUCUAUUAUGGGAAUGAGGGAAGAUUUGCACAUGGUUGGUAACCAAUACUCGUGGAGUGGGACUUCGUUCUACCUUGGAUAUUUAGUGCUUGAGUUUCCAGUGUCGUUAUUGUUACAGAGGUUUCCUGUUUCGAAGACUGUAUCCACUUUCAUUAUUUUGUGGGGUUUCAUCAUGUGUAUGCAUUCAGUACCGGAAUAUCCUGGGUUUAUUGCAUUACGUACCAUAUUGGGCAUGUUAGAAAGUUCAAUCACACCAGCCUUCGUCAUUUUAACUAGUCAGUGGUAUAAGAGAGAAGAACAGUUUAUAAGAACUGCCUUAUGGUUCGGCUGUAAUGGUCUUGGCCAAAUAAUUGGAGCAGGGGCUAUUUCUUAUAAUCUUUUCAUCAACGCAGAUUCUUAUUCUAUGGAAGCGUGGAAAUUGCUAUUCAUAAUAACAGGAGUCUUAACAAUUGCAUUAGGGUUCUUGAUCAUGGCCCAUAUUCCAGAUACUCCGACAAAAGCAUGGUUUUUAACUGAGGAAGAAAAGAAUCUUGUGGUAGCGAGAAUAAGGUCAAAUCAACAAGGUUUUGGUAACAAGCAUUUUAAGAAGGAUCAAUUCAUUGAAGCUAUAACUGAUAUUCAGACUUGGCUCUUCGCUAUAUUUACAAUAGCCAAUAAUAUCCCAAAUGGUGCCGUGACUAACUUUAGUAGUAUUUUGAUAUCAGGUAUGGGCUAUUCAACUUCGGAGUCCCUAUUGAUGCAAAUGCCCCAGGGUACUUGUAUGACGUGUGGCUGUAUUGGGAUUGCUUGUGGAACACUUCUUUAUCCCUACCGGUUUUUCUGGGCUGCAUUGGGAAUCUCAAUUAGUUUAAUCGGCUCUUGUAUGCUUUCUUUUGCUGGUCCAUACAAAGCGCAGUACGCUGGACUUUGUCUUUGGAAUGUUGCACCAGUUGGUUUUAUUUGUAUGUUAUCUAUUAUUGCAUCUAAUUCUGCAGGCCACACUAAAAAAGUCACUGUGAAUGCCAUUACUUUAAUCGCAUACUGUGUUGGUAAUUUGAUCGGUCCACAAACCUUUAUCGAGGCACAGGCGCCUGAGUAUGCGGGUGGUAAAAUAGCGAUUGUCGUGUGUAUUGCUGUUUCGUUAGCAACCCUCUUUUGCAUUUGGUUUGUAUUUUGGACCCGUAAUAAAAAGUUGGAUGCGAAUUUGAACACUAAAGUUGAGAAUCUUGAAUUUGCUGAUUUAACCGAUAAACAAAACCCUAACUUCAGAUAUGCGUUAUGA